UAGCUGGUGACGUGUACUGCCGCACUGGCACAGCAAGAUCGUGUUUAGAUUGUUAUACCACUAUAUUGCUGUUUGAAGUUACCGAAACUUGGAAAUUUAAGAUAUUGCAGUCGUGGCCCAGGACAUCUCGGUUAAUGUCUGUGUUUCUCUCAAAAUAAAUGCAAUUAUAUUAUGUGUGAAUAGUUUUACUAAUUCUCGGCUUGUUUAUCAGUAUAUCGAAUCUCUUAAAAUGUCUUUCAUCAGUUUUAGAGGAAUCAGAAUAUUUGUGGCACGUCGGAGAUCAUCUAUUAUAUUGUGUGUGGGAUUAUUCGUUUUUUUCUUUCUUAUCCAUGAGAACAGAAGCACAGACCGAAAAUUUUCAAAUGGUAUUACCACCAAGUACAAUUUGUUGGAAGAGAGUAAACAUCAAUCGCAGCAUGUUAAAGAUUGCACACUAGAAUACGCAAACACUCAUCGACUGCAACAGGACCAUCCGUGUGUACUUGACCUUAUUAGAAAGAAUUAUUUAAAGAAACCAUGGGGACCAGAAGUUCCGUUUGAUUUGCAUAAUCCAAAAACAGCCGAUCCAUCGGCCGGUCAAGCCAAAGCAAUCAUGCGAAUAUUGCGCAACCAGGCCAAUGGAUUCUUUGUGGAAUGUGGAGCUUCAGACGGUGAAUUCCUCUCCAACACAAUAUACAUGGAGCGAUACAAAAAUUGGACGGGGCUACUAAUCGAACCGGAUCGUGGUUCUUACGACUCUCUGUUGACUCGCAAAAGGAAAGCAACGCACGUUCCAGCUUGUCUCAGCUUGGAGACUUAUCCCACAGAAGUUACUUUUAAAUCUGUUUUCCAAGUCGGAAGCAUUCAAGAAAAGUCUUCGUGGUUUGAAAACGAUCACUUGAUUACCGUGCAAUGUUUUCCAUUUUACUCAUUUCUUCUUGCCUACGGACGGACCUCUGUGGAUUUUUUCAGUCUCGACGUCGAGGGUCAUGAGCUUAAAAUCCUCAAAACGAUUCCAUGGCACAAAGUCGACAUUAAGACGUUGGUGGUUGAAUGGGAACACGUCGAGGAAGGGGAAGCUGGGAUUGUCAAAUUCAUGGAAGAGAACGGGUUUGUUAAUUUUGGAAAAAUUGCAACUCCAUAUGCCCGUGACAUCGUCUUCGUAAAAGAUUUUUUAAGCGAUUUGCGAUACGACUAUGACGACUAACUCAAAGAAGAUGAAGGCAAAGAAGCAACACAGACGAAAGUUAUAUUCCUUUAUAGUUGAAGGCAAAUAUAGGCCGAAUUUGGAAUUUAUACUUGUA